UUGCAGCGCUUGCCGUGCGUGCCGUAAAGCACAGUUGCCGGCGCUGCUGGGUGAGAAAACAAGAUUAUCUUCUUAUCCAAAAAGAUGAAACCAAUGGGGUUACCAUCAAAAGGCAACCAAGUGAGCACCACAGACUAAUGUGUAGAAUCAAUAAGAACGUGAUUUUGGCGCUUUUAACUUUGACAAGUUCUGCAUUUCUGCUGUUUCAGUUGUACUACUACAAGCACUAUUUAUCAGCAAAGAAUGGAGCUGGUUUAUCAAAAUCCAAAGGAAGCCGAAUUGGAUUUGAUGGCACACAAUGGCGUGCAGUUAAAAAAUUUGUUAUGCUAACAUCGAGUCAAAAUAUUCCUGUGUUCCUUAUUGAUCCUUUGAUUCUGGAAUUGAUUAAUAAAAACUUAGAACAAGUCAAGAAUGCUUCUCAUGGCUCCACUUCAGAAUGCAGGUUUUUCUGUGUUCCAAGAGACUUUACUGCAUUUGCACUACAGUAUCAUCUAUGGAAGAAUGAGGAAGGCUGGUUUCGGAUAGCUGAAAACAUGGGAUUUCAAUGCCUAAAGAUCGAGAGCAAAGACCCCCGGCUCGAUGGGAUAGAUUCACUUUCUGGAACUGAAAUCCCCCUGCACUACAUCUGCAGGUUGGCCAGCCAUGCCAUCCACUUGGUGGUCUUUCAUGAGAGGAGUGGCAACUACCUCUGGCAUGGCCAUCUGCGGCUCAAAGGACACAUUGACAGGAAAUUUGUCCCUUCGAAGUUAUCAUUUGGUCGUUAUGCUGGAGCUUUUGACAGGCCAGAGUUACAACAAGUUACUAUUGAUGGAUUAGAAGUUCUCAUUCCAAAGGAACCAGUGCACUUUCUAGAAGAAAUACCACACUCUCGAUUUAUUGAGUGUAGGUAUAAAGAAGCUCGAGCAUUCUUUCAGCAGUACCUUGAUGAUAACACUGUGGAAGCUAUGACCUUUCGGAAGAGUGCAAAGGAGUUGUUGCAACUAGCAGCCAAAACGUUGAAGAAAUUGGGAGUGCGGUUCUGGCUGAGCAGCGGAACUUGUCUAGGAUGGUAUCGGCAGUGCAACAUUAUUCCUUAUAGUAAAGAUGUUGACCUAGGAAUUUUUAUUCAGGAUUACAAAUCUGAUAUUAUUUCAGCAUUUCAAGAUGCAGGACUUCCACUCAAACACAAAUUUGGGAAGGUGGAAGACAGCUUGGAACUAUCAUUCCAGGGAAAAGAUGACGUAAAACUUGACAUUUUUUUCUUCUAUGAAGAGACUGACUAUAUGUGGAAUGGAGGCACUCAGGCCAAAACAGGAAAAAAAUUUAAAUACCUGUUUCCCAAGUUUACUCUGUGCUGGACUGAGUUUGUAGACAUGAAGGUUCAUGUGCCCUGUGAAACCAUCGAGUACAUCGAAGCCAACUAUGGUAAGACUUGGAAGAUUCCUGUGAAGACAUGGGACUGGAAGCGCUCUCCCCCCAAUGUGCAGCCCAAUGGAAUCUGGCCUAUUUCUGAGUGGGAUGAGGUUAUCCAGUUGUACUGAGACAGUAGGUUGCAAUGGUAGAACUCCCCUCCUGCAAAAAAGGUAGAUGACUGUUUAAAAAGAUGGAUGUCUAUUUGUCAAACAUGAGUAGGAGCCAAAGAAAAAUUACAAGUUCGAAGACACAGAGGGAGUCCUAACUCCUGAGCCAUCUGAUUUAAUUCCCUCAUUUUACAUUUAUUAAGGAGUCUCCAUGUAUCAGGUACAAUGCUAGGUAACAGUGGAAAGCAGAGAUGAAUGAUCCAGAUGCCUGCCUCUUUUUUCUUCCCUUUGGUAAGCACCUCAGUUUUCCUUUGACAGAGACACCCUCACCCUUUGAAGAGCUUAUAUAGAAUAUGAUGUGUUCUGUAAGUGCUUUCAGAAUGUUAGAUGUUUGUAUUGGAAGAUGGGCUUGCCAGGCGCAGCUAAGGAAGGAUAUGCUAGUAAAAAAAAAUAAUAACUCGUUUAAGCUUGUUGGUGCUACCUUUAAGGUUGUGGAGGCUGAGUUAACGUUCAAGGGAACAGAUGUCAGGUGACGUCAAGAAAAGAUGCUAGCAGAUUCAUUUUACAAGCAGCGGGCAACCUGAUGUGGGAUUGAUUCAGAGCACAGGGCAUAGUAUAAGAGAAUGAGAGCUGGUUUCUAGCCUUGUCAAAGAUAUGUACAAUUCCAUAGACCUUCUGUUUUCAUAUCUGAAGUGAAAAGAAAGCUUAUGCUUGUGUGAUGCUGAAGUUUCCAGCCACUGUGAGAAUAUUUUCAUUGACCUCUGAUAGCACUUGUUGACAAAUCACUCAAGUGAGACCACUCUACCAGACAUGAUUUUGAAAGGGCUGUGAUUUCAUAAAACUUAUCUCCCUUAUUUCAUUCUUGAUCAGUAGGUAAAAAUAUGAGCAACUCAUGGACAUUUGCUAUUUUCUGAGUUUAUAAUCCUUGUACUCCCAAUUUUAAUGUUAACACUAAAAUAUUAAUAGAAAUACCUCUAAUUUUUCUAAACGUGCCCUCCAGCUUACUCAUUCAUCAAUUUCAGCUCCAUAUCUUUCACUUACGGUCUGUAAACCAAUUUAAAUGGUAUGUAAGCAUACCUGUUCCCUCUCCUUUUCCAACACUAUAUCAGGACUGCAAAGUGAAGAUAAAUGGCAAACCUGACAGCUGUCCCCUACCCCAGAUCAUAGUGUUUGUAAACUUUGUAUCCAUUCCUAGUUGUUCUGUCUAUUGACUAUUGAUGAGGCAAGAACUCAGACAUCCCUACUUUAUCAAGUUCCACCCACUCUGAAACCCUCCAGUUUCCACUCAUCCCUGAGUGGGCUGAGAUGGCUGUGUCUCCCCAUCUCUUCAAGGGUCACGUAAUUAUGUAUUCUAAGUGGCAGGUAAAGGAACAUGUAGGCACAGUAAGCACUGCUACCUUUUUCUUUCUCCAGGAAAGGAAGCUAAGUCCUACAUUUUAUCUAGGCUGCUUAGAACUACUUUGUGGGCCAGAUUGGCAGAUUUCCCUCUAAAACUAGAGGAUAAUGCAGAUGUCAGAAAUGGAAACCAGAAGGUCCAAGAGAAUGGGCUGACGGUUUUCCCAAGAACAGAGUUGGGAAAACCUACAACCUACAGCUAACCCACUCCAAAUUCUAAAAACAACAAAACUUUUUCGAUAAAUGAUAACCAGUGACCUUCCUCUCUUAGGAUGAGCUUUCAGUGAAUAGUUAUUAGGUCUUUUCAUAAAUAACAUAACGUUUUCAGGGACCUUUAUAGAUUACCAGUAAACUUGUCUCCAGAUGACAGGCCAUUGUAAUGAGCUUCCUCUUUGCUAGAAAAUCAGCCCAUAGGAAUCAGACCCAAAUUCUAAAUAGCUGAACCUAAUUUUUUUUCAUGGUUAAAAAAAUAUAACAAAUAAUAAUAGUGUUCCUGAGCAAAGUCUACCCUGUUUCGUGAGGACCAUUUGCUCAUGCUUAGUGUCCAAAAGUGCAUAAACUACAUGUUUCUGCCCAUUUCAAACUGGGACUCCCACUGUUUUCCAGGGGGUCUUACUCAUACCCUAUUUAGAUUAUUAUUAUUUUUUUAUAUGUCCCCGGAGUCCAAGGUCUUGAAGUGUUCAAAAAUCUAAGCUUUCUUGGCCGCAUUGACAGAGGUUCCAAAUCCUUCCCUCCAUAGACCACUCUAAGAACACCUUUUUGACUGUCUUCUGGUUUCACAGGCUUCAGAUCUUGGGUCCUACCCUCCCUUGGGAGAAUGAAACCUUUUCCCAAACUCUGAAGACCAGGCUUGCUCUGAUACAGAUUCAGUUAUACUUCAUCCUGUGCUCCUUAACCAUUACACUCUGCUCGGUGUCCACAGACCUUGGCUCCACCAUCAACACCUCAUCAGAUCACCUUUCUUUCCUCACCUGACUAUUCCAACAAUAAUUCUCCUAAUAUGACCAUUUCCAGGUACAGUUUGCCUGGCUUGCCAGAAGAAAACUUCUUAUAUUAACUUGUAGGAAGCUAGGCACCCAUGGAUGUUCCCAGAGAGGUCCUGAGAGACAAGAUUGACGACUUCUCAGUUGACAGCCAGGUGGCCAUUCAGACCUUCUCUAAGCAGGGAGCACUGUCCUUCUCUCCUCUGCUGCAGCUGCUGACCUCCGGACCCUCGAGUAAAACCUCAAUUCUCCAAAUUGACUAUCCCUGAGAAGCUGGGCAGUGGGACAAACCCUGAAAUAUGACCACUAGAUGGCAGAAUGUCUGCCACUAUUCCCCCCAAAACAAGUUAGCACUCAAGUGAAAAUAAUCCAGCUCUUGAAUCUUAAAAGCCAAAGGGGUCCUCACUGCAACAUUUAUUUUAUGGCUCAAUGAAAAAGAACAGAAAGGAGUGAUUUGAGCAAGAAGCAGUUGAGGCCCUCACUCAAAGAGAACCAUGACUUCUAGCACAUGAGUGUUUCAUCGAUCACACCACAGCAUCUUUGACCCUGCUUGACAUGCUUGACAGAGGAGCUUCCAGGAUGUUUUUGCCUUUCCCCACUUAAUAUCUUCUGCUCAGAUUGAGAGCCUGAGGCAACAAAGGAGGAGUAUUUCUUUCUUGUCCAAAAUGCUUACACUGUCGUCAUACCUUUAUCUGAAAAAUACCUUAUCUCCAAAACAUGAAACUGUUCAUGUUUGGAGGCAUCAGCCUUUGGCCAUCAUAUUCUUAAUAUUAGGACCCGUCUGCUAAGUGCCCAUUUCUGAAGGGUGCAUUCUCUUCCUCUUUAUUGAUACUCUCUUAUGGAUACAAGUAAUUGAGAAUAGAUCGUGCUCACUUCUUUUUUUUUUUUUCUUUCUGACCGUAAACCAUUGUUUCUAGCCUUACAGGCUUCAAAGCUUCAAAUGGCACACAGGAGAGCAAGAUGUGAGAUAGGAAAGCAGGGGUUUAGAGGCUGGGGACCAGAGCUGCAUCUGGGAAACACAGUGGGAAUGAAUUCCCACAGUCCAGCCUGAACCCUCACCCAGUGUCCAAAGCCUCAGGCUUCAAAUGUUCCUAAGUCUCCCCCUAGUUUCACCUUCUGGAAAAUGAACAGUUCUUUCACUUUCAGUGUUAUAAAUCCCCAGGGGAAAUUUCCCCUCAAAACCUACUGUCAGAGAAAAUGCCGUGUUCCCACCUUCUAACAUGUAAUCAUCAUUUGUAAACACUUUAAAACAUGGAGGAGGCUCUAGUUCCUGACCACUCAAAAGGAUUUCUCUGAAGAAAGUCGCGGUGGCUGUUUCUGUUUCCUCCUCCUCUUUCUCUGUCAUUAGGACCCAGGCUAAUCACCUCUGACAUCUUACUUAGGGAAAGUGGCAUGUUAACAUAAAAGGACUGCAAACUUUUGAAUUAGGCCUGAGUUGGAAUCCCAGCUUCACUGUGUGGAAUUUGUGGUAGGGGCCCUCCGGGCCUCAAGUUCCACAUGAGUGACUUGGGGGAAAUGAUUACUUCUAAAGGUUUUUGGUUAGAAUUAAAUGAAAUUUAAAGUGCUUAAUAUCAGAUCUAGGAUCAGGUGAGUACUCAAAAAAUGUUCAGUUUCUUUCAAGUCCUUUUUAAAAUUAUUCUUCAAAUGGGAUUAAAGAAACUAUGGUAGGACACAAUCUUACUCAGAAGUAAGUUGCUGAAUGAAUGAAUUCAUGACUGAAUUUGCUUAGGGAAAAAAUUGUUUUAUUGUAACAAGGCAAAGGACAAAUUGUAUGGUUUAUGAAUUCAGAAACACUACCAAGUUGCCUGCUUCUCUGAAUAGAACAUGUAUUUUCAUUUUAUUGGUCACGUUGUUAUCUUCUAUUGUCUCCUUAUGCCAUGCCAUAUGCUACCUAGUUCUGGGUCCCAAGCAGCUCACUCUCUGUGCUGCCCUAGGUUUGGUGCCUACUCUGCCCUGGACUUCUUUUUCAAUUUUCUAGCUUUUCCUGGAGGCAGACCCUCACCUCCUUGUUAGUAAAUCUCUGCCUAGCCAGAAUCAGAUAUAAACCAUGAUUUGGAAGGGGAGAGAACUUGGAAUACUUGAUUUCAUUUAAUUAUCCAUGCUGAUGAAUGCCUAUGUCAGUAUUAAUAAAGGAGAAUUGAAAACACUCACUUCUACCUUCUUUACCCAGAUUUGUGUUUCUAUCUCAACUAGGCAAGAAUCGACAGGGUAUGUGAUGCUAUUAUGCUAUUUUAAGCUGCUCCAGUGGGAAGGAGAUAGCUCAGUGGUAGAGCAUAUGCUUAGUAUGCACGAGGUCCUGGGUUCAACCCCUAGUCCCUCCAUUAAAUAAACAAACAAACAAAUAAGUAAAUAAGCUGCUCCAAAGCAGACUGAAAUCCUGGUUAUAGUUUAUAAGUCAACAGACCAAUUCAAUAGUGAUACCUUUUGUACAGGACCUGUGCUAAAGUAUACAUUUUUCUAAAGAGAAAUCUCUGCUUCUAUAUUCUCAGAACUUCUGUCUCAGAAUGCCUUCCUUGCCAUCCCCCAACCCAACCCAAUGCUGAUACUAUGUAGGAACCUAUGAGCCAGCCAAACGGCUAUGUGCUUAUGAGCAGCUUUCACAGUGGGGUUGAAAGGCAGUAUGAGAAUUAGAAGUACUGUAUUUUGUUCUAUAAAACAAUAAACUACUGUCUCAUGUACCAUUUUAAAAACUAACGAGAUUUUUUUAGCCUUCUGAUGACUCAUUCAGAGCAUGGGGAAUAGUUCAUGUGUUUGAUAAAUGAAAGUCAUAUGUAGCUACCUGUGUGUCCCACAUCAUAACCAGAAAAACAUGUUUGUGAAUUUUCUAAACAAAGUGAUAUUUUAAACGUGAGUAAAUUUCAGUGUAUGCUUACCAGUUUACCCUUGAUUUUAUCUUCAGGUACAAAUAGUUUUGUGGUACUACUGAAAAUACCUUUAAUAUUUUUAUUUUGAUCAGAAUUUGUAAUAUAUAAUCCAGUUUAAGAUGAUGAAUAAAAUUUUUCUAAUCACUUGA